AUGGCUGGCGUUAAAGAAGAACCAAUGCCUCCCAACUCCACGGGCCACAAUGACUUUGUCCGAAAGUUGUACCAAAUGCUUCUGGAGGAGAAGUAUUUGGACAUUGUCCGAUGGACCCCGGCCGGCCUGAGCUUCGUGGUCCUCAACACAAAUGAGUUCACCAAGAAUAUCCUUCCCAUCCACUUCAAACACAGCAAUUUCGCCAGUUUUGUGAGACAGCUAAACAAGUAUGAUUUCCACAAGGUCAAAAUCCCCACGGAGGAGAAACAGACAUACCAAUACGGCGACGACGCCUGGGAAUUCCAGCAUCCGGAUUUCAAGCGUGACGACUUGGAUGCAUUGGAGAACAUCCGCAGGAAACCGCCUUCGAAGAAGGAAAACACAGCCGAUGUGAAGGGCCAACUCAACUCCCAGAUCCAGGCACUACUGUUUGAGGUGGCCCGCCUUCAGAGCGAGCUCAAAUCGACCAACGAUAGCUACAGAGCACUCUUCGAUAACGUCGUGGCGUGCCGCACAUACAACGAGAGACACUACCAAACGAUGGGUGUUUUGAUGAAUUGCUUGACGCAAGCAGGCAUCAAGAUACCGCCUCUCGACUUGCCUAGCCCGAACAUGAUAGGCAUGAUGACCCCAGUGGUGGUCGCUGCUCCUCUACCGAACAACAGCCGAGCUCAGUCCAUCGCCAUUCCUGGCGGUGCUGUGCCUCCUCCCGUGGAUUCCCGGCCUUCGGAACAACAUUCCAAUAACGGCGCAAAUAUUCACGCACUGCCCUCACAUCCUGUCGCCCAACAGAAACGCCUUUCAACUAGCCAUCAACACUCGGUGGAUGGGUCCAGACGAAUCUCUUCGGAAACACACCAAAUGUCUGGCCCUGGCCCUGGCCUCGAUCUUAUGCCUCCUAUGGGAAACACUGGCAUGUAUGACUCCAUCUCCACAACCAACUUAGCUGACCCCAAAUUUCAUGUGCUACUUGUGGAGGAUGAUAAUGUCUGCAUCCAGCUCUGCCGUAAACUUUUAAUUAAGUACGGGUGUCAAGUUACAGUUGUUACUGAUGGCCUUCUAGCAAUCGACACCGCUAAACAGACCAAAUAUGACCUAGUGUUGAUGGACAUUGUCAUGCCAAAUUUGGAUGGUGCCUCUGCUGCUAAUUUCAUCCGGAAGUUUGACGAGAACACUCCUAUAGUUGCCAUGACCAGCAACUACGAAGAAAAGGAUCUCGAAAAUUAUCUUCAUCACGGUAUGAAUGACAUUUUGGCAAAGCCUUUCACAAAGGACGAUUUAUACUUGAUGCUUAGUAAACAUCUUCUAGGGGCCAAGCAAAUGUUCCAGGAACUGCCCACUGUACCUGAGCUUCAAGGAAUAUUGAUGGAGAGCCCCGCUGUACCGUUGCCUAUGCAACCCGUGUCGUCGAUACCCACCAACCAAAUGAUGGCUCCAGGAUUAUUGGAACCAUUGGAUGGUAUGGAACCCCAGCUGAAAAAAACUCGUUUAUCCUAA